ACCCGGAAGUAACAUAGGAAUGUUGUGUGGAAGUGGGUGGGGACAGAAGCUUGAUUUUUUGGAAAUGAAAGUGUAAGUCAACACGAGUAAUUGUCUGUUUCAAUCAGAGUAGCUACAAAUAUAUCGCCGACAGUAUGGCCGCACUGCGCAAUAAAUCUGACCAAGAAAUCAAGGACCUGCUGGAUGAGUAUGGAAUUAAGCAUGGUCCUGUCGUUGACACUACAAGACCACUGUAUGAGAAGAAGCUGAAAGACGCCAUGGCCAAAGCCAAGGUCACUGUGACAAAACCAUCCCCAGACAGAACCUUCUACAGAGAGGACCAGGAAGAAGUCACCUAUGUCACCUACCAGACACCAGUUAGAAGUGAGGGUCCUUCUGGAGAUGGGAAACCCUACAUGAGGUCAAGACCAGAGUACAGCGAGAGGGACCGGGUGGAUGAUAAACCCUAUUCAAGACCAGAGUACAGUGAGAGGGACCGGGUGGAUGAUAAAAACUACAUGAGAUCAAGACCAGAGUACAGUGAGAGGGACCGGGUGGAUGAUAAACCCUAUUCAAGACCAGAGUACAGUGAGAGGGACCGGGUGGAUGAUAAACCCUAUUCAAGACCAGAGUACAGUGAGAGGGAUCGGGUGGAUGAUAAACUCUAUUCGAGAUCAAGACCAGAGUACAGCAGCGGAAGACCGUACAUUGAUGAGCCCCAUGUCUACAACACACCAUCGUCAUCAUCCUACUCCAAACCAACGCCUGUGGUGAAGUCUGGAGGUGGCGUUGUGAAGAAGGAAAACACAACGAGUUCUGGGAGACUGAUCCCUCUCUGGGUCCAGUUCCUGGUCUUCCUGAUCCUAGCCGGGUUCCUCUACUUCAUAUUCACUAACAUGGAGUCUGCAGAGAGUAGCCCCUUUAACAGAAUCCAAUGAUCAAAAAUGUACAAAUAAAUGUCAAUCUGGGAUAUGUUCUUUUUCGGCACGAAACGGUCCAAAAUGGGGAAGUACUAUUUGUUCUUGAGCUAUAAGAAUCACUCGUUUUCUGAUGGACAAUGUUUUUAAAAAAUGUUUCAUUACGUGUGUCCUAAUGAAUAUGACCCAGUUUUCAUAUUUAAAUAUAUAAUGGCACUUCCUAUGCCUGUUCUUUUUCUUGUAACUCUUUUUGCAUGUUCUUCAAGGUGACUUUGGGUUCUGGGAACUUUACUAUUGGUGAAAGGAAAGCAGUACCAUUUCCUCCUGUCUCAACUCCUAAUGACUAGAUGGUGAUGUAUAGUGUUCUGUUUAUCAGAACUACCUUGGGGUGCUUCUACUGUGGGGUAACAGUACUAUCUUCACAAAUGUAGAGAGCCCCGCGGCCCACAGUAAAUGUAGAGAGCCCGCGGCCCACAGUAAAUGUAGAGAGCCCGCGGCCCACAGUAAAUGUAGAGAGCCCGCGGCCCACAGUAAAUGUAGAGAGCCCGCGGCCCACAGUAAAUGUAGAGAGCCCGCGGCCCGCAGUAAAUGUAGAGAGCCCGCGGCCCGCAGUAAAUGUAGAGAGCCCGCGGCCCACAGUAAAUGUAGAGAGCCCGCGGCUAACAGUAAAUGUAGAGAGCCCACGGCUAACAGUAAAUGUAGAGAGCCCGCGGCUAACAGUAAAUGUAGAGAGCCCGCGGCCCACAGUAAAUGUAGAGAGCCCGCGGCCCACAGUAAAUGUAGAGAGCCCCGCGGCCCACAGUAAAUGUAGAGAGCCCGCGGCCCACAGUAAAUGUAGAGAGCCCGCGGCCCACAGUAAAUGUAGAGAGCCCGCGGCCCACAGUAAAUGUAGAGAGCCCGCGGCCCACAGUAAAUGUAGAGAGCCCGCGGCCCACAGUAAAUGUAGAGAGCCCGCGGCCCACAGUAAAUGUAGAGAGCCCGCGGCCCACAGUAAAUGUAGAGAUCCCGCGGCUAACAGUAAAUGUAGAGAGCCCGCGGCUAACAGUAAAUGUAGAGAGCCCGCGGCCCACAGUAAAUGUAGAGAGCCCACGGCUAACAGUAAAUGUAGAGAGCCCGCGGCUAACAGUAAAUGUAGAAAGCCCGCGGCCCACAGUAAAUGUAGAGAGCCCACGGCUAACAGUAAAUGUAGAGAGCCCACGGCUAACAGUAAAUGUAGAGAGCCCGCGGCCCACAGUAAAUGUAGAGAGCCCACGGCUAACAGUAAAUGUAGAGAGCCCGCGGCCCACAGUAAAUGUAGAGAGCCCACGGCUAACAGUAAAUGUAGAGAGCCCGCGGCCCACAGUAAAUGUAGAGAGCCCACGGCUAACAGUAAAUGUAGAGAGCCCGCGGCCCACAGUAAAUGUAGAGAGCCCGCGGCUAACAGUAAAUGUAGAGAGCCCACGGCUAACAGUAAAUGUAGAGAGCCCGCGGCAGUACUGUAGCUUGAAAUGGGCACGGGGUCUAAUUGACUCAACAACCAAAAACACAUCUAAGUUUAACUGGAACAUCUCUAGUUAUUUCUGGAAGUUAGCUGGCUAACUCAUGGAUCCUGCAUUGUAGUACCGGUAUACCCCUCAGGAGAACCCCGGCCCACCUGGCGCUAAAGUUCAAAAUGACGUUACACAACUCUAAAUGACGUUGCACAACUCUAAAUGACGUUACAAAACUCUAAAUGACGUUACAAAACUCUAAAUGACGUUACACAAUUCUAAAUGACGUUACACAAUUCUAAAUGACGUUACACAAUUCUAAAUGACGUUACACAACUGUACACAAUUCUAAAUGACGUUUAAGUUCUAAAUGACGUUACACAACUGUACACAAUUCUAAAUGACGUUACACAACUGUACACAAUUCUAAAUGACGUUUAAGUUCUAAAUGACGUUACACAACUGUACACAAUUCUAAAUGACGUUUAAGUUCUAAAUGAUGUUACACAAUUCUAAAUGACAUUAAAGUUGUAAACAGAUCCAUUUAAUUGUGGGGGACAAUACAGUUCUAAAUGACGUUACACAAUUCUAAAUGACAUUAAAGUUGUAAACAGAUCCAUUUAAUUGUGGGGGACAAUACAGUUCUAAAUGACGUUACACAAUUCUAAAUGACAUUAAAGUUGUAAACAGAUCCAUUUAAUUGUGGGGGACAAUACAGUUCUAAAUGAAGUACCGUAGCAUUUUGAACUGUUAAUGAUUUCUAUCCAUACAUUUCUAGAACUGUAAUUGCUGUGGUCGGUGUAUCGUCAUUUGAAAUGUAAUGUGAGUUGUGGUUUUGUUAGAUGUACUCAUGCCAGCGGUUGUUUUUAGUUUUCUACACGUGCAGUAUCAUUUUGUAACAAAGUAACCUUUUAAAGUUUUCAGACACUUGUCUGUUUUAUCAGAGGAGAUCACUUUGGUCACACAAGAAUGUUUAUAAGCACAGGCUGUGUCCUACAUAGGCAAUAGGAUGCCAUUUAGGACAGGACCCAGUUCACAAAUGAAAAUACCUUCAGCAGGACAGCAACUGUUCAGAUAUACUAUUUUGUAUCCAGCCAUUGAGUCAUUCAUAGGAUUCUCCAACUUUUAAAAUAAAUGUUUUUAUAUCAA